GUAGAACCUCACCAACCUUUGACAAAACGUCAAAAAAUUACCAAGCAUCAAGUGGAAGAACUUGAAGACGAUGAAGAUGAAGCAGAUGUUUCUUACCAAAAAAUAAAGCUGAAAGGGUUUAAUGCGUCCCGGAGGAAAGUAACGAAAACUUAUGAAAAAAUGAUUAAUGCAGUGUCUAGGAGUGUGCAAGGAAGAUUUGAAGAGUUCCGAGAAAGUGUGGUGUUUAAAAAUCUGCCAGUCAUAUUGGACUUUGCAAUGUGGCCCAAGGAGGACGAAGCACUUAAGCGGUAUGGCGACAAGGCAAUUUUAGAACUGAAAGAGUUUUACCAGGCUUUACUUGUUCAGAAUGGAUGCAACAUUGACAAAGUCGUCUCAGAAUGGAAUCGUUUGAAGUGCCACGUCAAAAGCUACAUAGUUGGAGCAGAAAAAAAGGAAAAAUAUGUAAAUGUAUGGCAAAGCAUCUGGGAAAAUGUUAUAAUGCAAAAAGAGUGCAAAAAUGUACUGCAUAUAAUUGAAUUGUUGCUCAUAACACCAUUCACGAAUGCCAAGGUGGAGCGUUUAUUUAGCCGAAUGAACAGAAUUAAGACAACUCUGCGAAAUCGUUUGAGUACACAACGACUCGACGCUCAGCUAAGAAUUGGUGAAGAAGGAUGCCCGCUAGCUGAAUUCGAUGCGGAGGAAGCUCUCCAAUAUUGGCUAUAGCAAAAGAUUAGACGCCCAAAUGGUGCAAAACCACGAAAGUAUCCAGCAGAAAGGCAAUCAAAGUCAGCGUCAUCUACAAACGUUGUUGAUAUUGCAUUAGCUACGCUUUCCGAUUUGGAAGAGAACGAAUGCGAGGAUUUUAGUUUAUAGUUUUUAAAAUUAAUAAAAAAUAUUGGCGCAAUCAUGUGCAUUGUAAAA